UUCCUGGAAAAGUUUAGUUUUUCUUUUAGUGCGAGCAACAGGAAGAUGAUGAAGAAGAGAAUGUCCAAUGGGUAUGAUAAAAUGGGUGAAAGCUCAACCGAUACGACAUUGUCAUCUUAUGUUUCAACGGAAGAAGAAACCGAUUGGGAAAUGAGACCCGGAGGGAUGCUGGUGCAGAAAAGGAACCAGAACAGCGGCGUUUCGUCCCCUGAUGUUCGGCUGCGUGUUGUUUACGGGGCGAUGCGUUACGAGAUCUCCGUGAACUCUCAAGCCACGUUUGGAGAGGUGAAGAAGCGUCUAACAGCAGAAACCGGGUUACAACCGAGUGAACAGAGAGUGAUAUUCAAAGGGAAAAAUAGACAAAACGGUGAGUAUUUGGGCAUGUGCGGUGUCAAAGACCGAUCGAAGCUCGUAUUAAUGGAGGAUCCGGCAAGCAUCGAGCGAAGAUUCAUCCAGAUACGGAGAAACGCCAAGAUCCAAACCGCUCAACGGGCUAUCAACCACGUUUCCAUGGAACUCGACAAGCUGACAGAUCAAGUUUCCGCGAUCGAGAAAUCGAUCUCCAACGGAGCCAAAGUACCGGAAGUUCAAAUCACGACGCUGAUCGAUAUGCUAAUGAGACAAGCGGUCAAGCUAGACGAUGUUGCUGCCGAGGGAGACGCUGUUGCGCAGAAACACUUGCAGGGAAAGAGAGUUCAUAGAUGUGUCGAAACCCUGGAGACAUUGAAGAUAUCGAAUGGAAGAGCUAAGGUUGGUGGUGAUGUUAUUGUGAGAACCCUGUGGGAGAAAAUUGAUCCUUCUCAUCCGGCUAUGGCGCCAUGGGAAAUUUUUGAAUGAUCUACCCAUCCUUUUCUUUACUCCUCCAUCUUCGUUUUCAUUCAAAGUUCAGACCCUGUGUGUUGUUAGCUGUUUUACACAAGUGUAGUGUUCACCAAGUGAGCUAAUUUUUUUUAAA